AUGGACUCCCACACUACAACCACAAAACCACUUGCCACUCCAGUUCAGGCCAACGGUUCCUCUCUAACAACCUCUUCUCCCAUCGAAUCCGCAAGCGCUCGGAUUGGGGAAGUGAAGAGAGUUACUAAAGAGACGAAUGUGUCCGUCAAGAUUAACUUGGAUGGUACUGGAAUUGCUGAUUCUACUACUGGCAUUCCGUUUCUCGAUCACAUGUUGGAUCAACUUUCUUCGCAUGGGCUUUUUGAUGUGCAUGUGAGGGGAACUGGCGAUAUUCACAUUGAUGAUCAUCACACUAACGAAGAUGUUGCACUUGCUAUUGGAACUGCACUUGGGGAUAAGAAAGGAAUUAAUCGGUUUGGUGACUUCUCAGCUCCUCUUGAUGAGGCAUUAAUACAUGUUACCUUGGAUCUAUCUGGCCGGCCAUAUUUAGGUUAUGAUUUGCAAAUUCCUACUCAGAGAGUUGGAACAUAUGACACUCAGUUGGUGGAACACUUUUUCCAGUCAUUGGUGAAUACUUCUGGCAUGACGCUACACAUUCGGCAGCUUGCUGGAAGAAAUUCUCAUCAUAUUAUUGAGGCAACCUUCAAAGCUUUUGCCAGGGCUCUUCGACAAGCAACAGAAUAUGACCCACGUCGCCUCGGGACUGUACCAAGGUUUGAUUUCUCUUUUUCAGCAGUGACUGCAGUGGCAUUAAAGGCUCUCACCUUGUAA